AUGUCGUAUUCAUUCAAUGACAGUCAGGAGGUUAAUGCUCGUACUACCAAAUUUGCGGACACCACCACCACCAGGACAAGACGAACAAUCAAAUCUUGCGGGGAAUGCAGGAGAAGGAAGCAAAAGGUCAAUGAAAUCUGCCCCCCAAAACCCUUCCAUCGCAAUCGCUCCCUUCUGGUCUAUCCGACCCUGACAGGCCAGUGCGACCAAGAGCAGCCGUGCAGCAACUGCAGGCGAAGGUUCCCCGAGCCAAUAUGCGACUAUGGGCCCCGCAGAUCAGCCGCUCCCGAGUUUGCUACAUCUCCGACGGCUGAGGCUCUUUCGACGCCCAGUACGUCGUCGGGCCGUCCGGUUACAUCGCGAAAGCAAGCACCCUGGGCGCCAAUCAGCCGGUCUGGCAUCGCUUCCAAGGUCUCGGGGCACGAGACGCAUACAUUGAAGUUGAACCUUUCAUCUCGAGGACACGCCGGGGAAUCUACUCAACCGCAGAAUGAGCAGGAAGCACAUACAGCACGGAAGGCUCUGGUUGCUCUGCAACUUGAUGGCGUCGUAUACCAAUGCCACCUUACGGGGCCCGUUCAGAAUAUACUCCAUCUGCCUGUCCCACCGACUACGCAAAAUGCCAUGCUCAUAUGUAAAUUUUCCGAAUUGAUGACCGCACUUAAGGGCUCGUUCCACGGAGACUCGGAUCCGGAUAACCCUUACGUCCUUCACUACCUACCAUGGUGUGUUCAAUCGCCGCUGUUGGCGCUGUCCACACUCUAUACCACGGCCAGAACUAUAAUGCGUACUGGAUUAGUUGACCAACGCUCGUCAAUGCUAGCCAAGGGUUCAGCAAUCUCCAAGCUGAACGAGUAUCUUCGCUCGGAUGAUGACUGGGGAAGGGAAGAGGUUCUUGCUGCCAUUAUGCAGUUCGUCGCGGUGGAGUGGGUGUUUAGCGAAUUGGAGGUUGCGCAGUCUCACCUCAAAGGAUUCAGGGACAUUAUUCGACUCCGAGGAGGGUUUCCGUCCCAUGGAGUCGGUGUCUUGAUCACCAAGUCUGCUUUUUUACACGACAGCUUGAUUGCCCUUUGGUCAGAGGAGUCACCCAUCAUGACGAAUUCAUUCGAAUUCGAAGGCAUCCUCGACCGUCCGAGCGGCGCAGGUCGCUUCAAAGUAAGAUACAAUUGUCCUUUGGGACCCUCAUCGGUGGCAUUUAGAUCUUGCGAGGGUGUCCUUGGGAUACACCCAGCGACUGCGUCCAUCCUGGACGACAUUCGUUUCCUCAUCGACCUCGCUCUCGAUGCACCCCUAAACCCGAGCCCAGCCCAAGCACGCAAACUUGCAGCAACAGCCACGUGGAUUCUAGACCGCAUCAGAAACCUGGACCCGAAGUACCCUGAACGACUAGACCGCCCCAGCGAAGGCGGUGAUGCCGAGCUUGGCUGCCAAUCGACCGACGACUCGACAUGGACAGAAGUGAAGCCGCACUCUCUUCUUCCGAAAUUCCCGUCACACAAUUCGAUGGCGCAGGCAGCAAAGUCCCCAGGCGUUCAUAAAGACGAGGAAGACAUAUCAAGUCGGCCGUCGGAGGAUUACUCACCUGCGGAUUCCACAACUGUAGCUUCUAGCGAUGGAACGACAUGUGCUACAACUGGGGAAGCCCCGAAACCAGAUGCCCUAUACAUAGCCGUGCGCCUGGCAGCACUAAUAUAUGCCGAAGCAAUCGCAAAGAGGCAGCCCUUGAGCUGGGUGUGCUCGUCAUCGGAUGCGUUGGCGCUGCUGUCUACUACUUGGAGGAUUCCCCUCCCGGAGUGGCGCGGAGUGAUUGGAGUCUUCAUCUUUAUGCUAUUAUCCAUCUAUCCAACCUUUAGAUGGAUAGAUACUCCCCCAAAGAACAGCGAGGAAAAUAAUCGGCGUUGGGGCAACAGAGCCGGGAUGAGUCAAAACCCGUCACCGAUUGCCGAGACGGAGGAGAUAAAUCCAAAUGGGGAAAACGACGACGCGAGAAAAUUGGAACGGGACGCCAAAGAAAUGGCUGCCGAGAAAUUAUUGAAGCCUCAUCACACAUUUGUGAAAUCCAUCGUCCAAGCCGGCAUGACACAGAUGGCGAUCGAGGAUUGGCCGCUAUGUAUCAAGACGAUGAAACGAGCGUUGGCGUUGCAAAAAUGGCUUGAGCGGCGGAAGAUGUGA